UAAUCGAAACGAUCGCGGUGGCGGCAACGCUCCCUAUCACAUCUUUUUAACUUUAUAACUUACAGACAAACGCCCGAAAAAAGUGUUUCAGCGCUGUUAACUGAUUUGCCGAAUUACAAAAAAAAAUUGCUUUACUUUCAUUGAGGUUACUUCGAGCUUUUUCGAGUGUUUUCGUGUUUUUUCAUACUAUCUUUUAUUGUUUGUUGCAAUUUGCGAAAAUGUUCAACAACAACGGUCGACCACCACCAUAUAGCUUACUACCACCAGGCUUCACACCAGCCACUUGCUACGAACCGCUGCCACAAGAGAUGCCACCACCACCACAACAAACCUCAACGGUGUUCAUUACCAUAAACAAUCGACCGAUUGUACCACUUGACGAGGACCCAACAAGAAUGCAAUGUCCUUCGUGUCAUGCUGAUGUGCUUACCACCGUUAAAUAUCAAUCGAACACCUGUACGCACAUUUGGGCUUUGGUCUUGUGCCUCUUCUUGUAUGUAAAAGAACAAAAAAAAAAGAAAUAA